AUGGGCGAGCACAACCUGCUCAACCCGGGCUUCGUGGGGCCGCUCGUCAACAUCCACACCGGAGACGCUUUUUACUUCCCGAAUUUCCGCGCGUCCGGAGGGCAAAUCCCGGGAUUUUCGUCGCUCUCGUACCCGCGCAGGGACAACGUUUGCUCGCUGCCCUGGGGCUCGGGGGAUCCGGGCUACCCCCAGCCCUACCUGGGCACCCCCGUCACCCUAAACCCGCCCUUCGGCGGCCCCAAAGCGCCCUACGAGCUCGGCCGCGCCGACGACGCCAAAUGUUUCUAUCGCGACAGCGACAAACGAGACGAUCGAARCCGGGAGGGAUCGCUGCUGGCGCUGGAGCCGCUGGCGGCCCCGGSGGGAGCGGCGAAUUUGGGCAAUUUCGGGAAAUUCGAGUACCCGGGAGGCGGYGGAGAGGGGAUGGCGCAGGAUCCGCCCUCGUGUCAGUCCCUGGAGUCCGACUCGGGAUCGUCGCUGCUCAACGAGGGCCACAAAGGGGACGCGCCGGGCUUGGUGUCACCGCUCGCAGCGGCCGGAGGAGGUGAGGAACUAAAAAUGAGGGGCGCCCCGUGGUACCCGAUGCACACGAGAUCGCGGAAGAAGCGCAAACCCUACUCGAAGCUGCAGCUCGCCGAGCUGGAGGGAGAAUUUUUGGUGAACGAAUUCAUCACGCGGCAGCGGCGCCGGGAGCUCUCGGACCGCCUGAACCUGAGCGAUCAGCAGGUGAAAAUCUGGUUCCAAAACCGCCGC